AUGUGGACAUCUUCGAGACCUCGAACAGGGAUCAGGGUGGACGGACAACCAAUAGAACUCGUCGAUGAGUUCUGUUACCUGCGCUGUACGCUGAAGAACAACGGCAGCUACGAGAAAGAUGUUCAGCAAAGAUGCGCUAAGACCACUUCUGCAUUUAACUCCUUAACGAAAUGCUUGAGGUCGACCCCCAUCACCAACGAAGUUAAGCUGCGAGUCUACCUAUCCGCAAUUCGCCCCAUCAUGAUACACGGACGGUUACUUGGCUACUUUUGGCCUAGGGCAGGGAAAUUGAUGUGGAAACCGGCAGAUCGCCUUGUUCAACGAGUUCUGAGGAGUUUGCCGGGUUCGAGCUGGAAGAAGCCAGCUGGCCGAAAACGGAAGUUCUGGACUGAGGUGGUGAAAGAGGACCUGAGGACACUCGCCGUGGAUAGACAGUUCAAGCGAGUCUAA